UCUUUCGCGCGCGAACGUUUGCGACGCAAUUCAACGCAGUGUUCAACAGUCAUUGAAUAUUACGAUUCGCGGUAUUUUACUACAAUAUUUUCAUAGUUUCUUCAAUAAAAAAUACAAAGUGGAAUGUGUUUAUGCAAUUGUUGCAUCAGAAGUGUUCAGUGCAGUUAUAAAUGUUCAAAUGAAUAGAAAAAUUGGAUUAUCUCAUGACAUCGGAGCGAACAUAGCAAUUCAUUCAUUCACAGAUAACACAUCCUGGUUUCAGCGGCUGCAGGUGACCCUGCGCCGUCUUCCUUCACCUCGUCUGCUGUUCUACUUCACAUGAGGUGGGGAAGCGCGGCGUGCACUUUGCUGCUCGCCAUUUUAGGAAUUGUUUCAGGUAAAAAUUCAACACACGAUGAGUUCUCGCUAGCAGUGACAGCAUGUGUAGCCGGAGACGGGGCAGACGCCGCCCCGGCUUUAGCCGAACUAGCCGCGUUGACCUUAAGAAGAGCCGGCAUCAAAGCUCACGCAGUUCCUCCUCCAAUAGCAUGCAUAUCACCAUCCCGAGCAGACUCUUAUUCUUGCCGAAAAGCUGUUCUUGCAGAAUUAGGACAAGCUAGACUGCACGUAGCUAUGCUAUCAGUGCCGGCAGCUAGUGUUCCUGAAGCAUGGUUGCUACGUGGUACAGGUUUCGAUGAUCUGGGUGAUGUUACUCCACCAACACGAAGAGUAUGUGUUGCGUCACCACCGGCACGAUCGCUGCUGGACCUUGCGGAUAAGGAUGUGGCGCAGAAAUAUUAUAUAUCACCAAGUGAAAUAGCCGAGGUGCUUGGAUCUCAAAUGAUAGAAAAUACUUCGUCGAAGUACAAAUCUAGCGAAUCCUUAACAUCAAUGGAAUCAAGCUGGUGUAAUGACAAUAAUACGUGUGCAACACUAUUCACCAGUGACGAAGGUGAAGCGAGACUCUUCCUAUCAGAAGUUAGACACAAUGACCUUCGCGCUAUAGUUGUUCCAUUAGGAAUAAAUUUACAUAGAAUUGCACCAAUUUUCGGAAACAGGACACUGAUUUGCGACUGGACUGAGCAUUUCAAAGAACCAUACCAACCGCUUGGACCGCCGCCGUGUGAUGGUAUUGAUCCAGAUUGGUGUUCGUUCGAGAGUCGACGUCUAGUUAAAUGGAUUAACACAACAGCUUUAGCAAGAACCCCAGCUGCGUUACGAAUCAUGACACGAUUCAGGAUAAAUCUCUUCGAGUUGCAAGAACUAGCGGAUAAAAAGAGACAUUGGGGAACUGAAGCCGCUGCGCUUGACUUUUUGACAGCUCACCCUACUCGUGGACAUUCACGUCAAUUAAGAGUGGUGGUGUUCUUGCCAGUUGCAACUAUACGCGAGGUUUAUGAUUCCUCAGCGCUGGCUGCGGCUGCCGCAUUAGCUGAUAGAGAUCUGGAAAAUAUGUUCCCUGGAAUUGCAUUUUUUAAGGUUCAAACGUACGACGACCGUUGCAACGCAGCGGAAGCAUAUAAAUACUUAAUAGAUGCGUUAGGGACGGGGGAGUAUGAUACUCUAACCGCCGCUGUAGGUCCGGCUUGUGGGGCGCCAUUCGCUGAUGUGGUACGACAGGGUCCAGCACAUGGUCUUCCAGCUUUAGCAUAUACAGCUCAAUCACCUCCAGCUGCUCCAGCGGCUCCAAUAGCUUUGCUAGCCGCUGGAGAUGCUAGAACUCCAGCUGAAGCGAUUGCUGCUUUAAUGGGGUCUUUGGGAUGGAGACGAGUAGUUUCACUGAGUGAAUCUUCGACACAUUCGGCGCUUGCUACGGCCAGUUUGGGAGUGGACUUCGUAGUACAUUUGGAACUGCCGGACGAUCGAUUGGACAAUGAUCCGGCUAUUUUUGCACAGUGGGCAGACCGCGCCGCUCGUAUAAACGGAAGAAUUAUAUACAUUUGCGUAGAAGACGCUAGAGCGGUACGGCAAGCGCUCUGCGCUGGUCACAAGUCAGGUCUAACCCCUAGCAAUGGAGCGGUUUGGAUCCUCCCCUCCACUCUCCCCCCCACUUGGGAUAUACCCACAGAAUCAGAUACUUGUUCCGCGGAGGAAAUCGCGGAAAUGAGCUUGGGGCAUAUUUCCGUGGCUCCUGAUUGGUUGCUGCUCUGGUUGGAUGAUGAAGUCGCAAACAAAACUCUAUCAGAAGAAAACGAAGCAUGGCAAUCCCGGUGGCGAGAAGCAUGUACUUGGCUCAAAGUGGAUUGCAAGAACCCCGGACCACAUGCAGUAUUAUUAUACGAUACUUUGUGUCUUUGGGCCAGUACUUUGAAACAACUGAUAGCCGAUACACCUACUGUGCUUAAUGAUUUGCAUGAACCAAAUCUUAUUAGAACAUUAUUAGCAAACGCAACAUCGACAGAGUAUGUUGGACUGACUGGCAAAUUUGAAUGGACAAAACUAAGUGAUGACAACGGCGCAGUAUACGCCCGAACGUCUCCUCUAAUAAUUUACCAAUGGGACGGUCAAAAACGACGGAAAAUCGCCCGCUGGUCAAAUAGCAACCUGGAAUUCGAAAGUUCCUUGAAAUGGUAUACCACAGAUGGUCAUGUACCAGAUGAUGGCCAUGAAACAUGUGCCCUACAGUCAUUAGCUGAUACAUUUCGGAUAGAAUGUCGAACCGCAUCUAUUCUUUUAGCAUCAUUGUUAUUAGCAUUUACAGUCACUUUACUAACGGCACUAGUGAUAUACUGCAAGCGUCGUGCAGAGAAGAAAUACCGUGCAAAACUAGAAGCUUUGACAUUAAGACGAUUGACAAUCGGAAAAACUGUUGGUUUGGACCCUUGGGAGAUACCACGAGAACGCGUAGUUAUCAAUCGAAAACUUGGAAUGGGAGCGUUUGGAACAGUUUAUGGAGGUCAUGCUUUAUUGGCUGAAGACCGUGGUUGGACAGCUGUAGCGGUAAAAACUCUUAAAGCCGGUGCUAGUAAUGAAGAAAAGGUUGACUUUCUGUCUGAAGCAGAAGCUAUGAAACGCUUCGAUCAUAAGAACGUAGUACGACUCCUGGCUGUUAUAACGAAGACUGAACCUGUUUGUACAGUCAUGGAGUUCAUGUUAUACGGAGAUUUAAAGAAUUAUCUUCUAGCAAGACGGCAUUUAGCCAACGCUGAUAGUAGUGAUGAUCCAGAAGAACAAGUCUCAGCUAGACGCUUAACAGGAAUGGCUUUGGACGUAGCUAGAGCAUUAUCGUAUCUAGCUCAAAUGAGAUAUGUACAUAGGGACGUAGCAGCUAGAAAUUGCCUAGUGAGUGCAAGACGGGUGGUAAAGUUAGCAGAUUUCGGCAUGACAAGACUUGUUUUUGAGAACGAUUAUUAUAGAUUCAGUAGGAAAGGCAUGUUGCCAGUGCGGUGGAUGGCUCCAGAAAGUUUGGCAUUCGGGAUUUUCUUACCAGCGUCUGAUGUGUGGUCGUUUGGAGUGUUGUUGUAUGAAAUAGUGACGUUUGGAUCGUUGCCUUAUCAAGGGCUCAGUAAUAGUGAAGUUUUGAACAAAGUUAAGGGAGGACAGACGAUCACGUUGCCGACGGGAUUGAAACCACAGUUAGAGGGUCUCAUAAAAUCGUGCUGGCAGGCGGAAUACAAGUCCCGACCUACAGCGUCCGAAGUGGCCGCGUUUAUAGCGGACACUCCCAGACUGCUCACACCGUGUCUCGAUGUGCCGUUGGACGCACUUUCAUUGGACGCUGACUCUUGGCGCUUGCCGAAAGAGAUCGCUGAUGCUCGGUGGGUAUCCUGGGCAGCUCCAGCAUCAGCGACCACAGACACCACGUACCUCAGUACAGAUGCGCCGAGAGAAAACGACAGGUUCCUUCCUUAAAACUAACAUUAGUAGGAAAUAUUAGUUAGGAAAAUGAGAUUAGGAAAAUAGAGUUUCUAGGAAAUUUAACUUGUUCAAUAGGUUUUGUUAGUGGUACCAUACACACAAUAUAUAAUAAACUAAACUCACAAUAUUGUUACAGUUGAACUAUUGAUAUACAUUAUGAAUAAGCCCGGAAAUUGUCCGAAGCAAAACUCUGCCUAUACAGGGUGUAAUCGUUAAGUGUGCACAAGAGAUUAUUCCAUAACUAUUGCAGAUAUCAAAAAAACUUUAAACUGAUAUCGAAAGU